AUGCUGUCUUUGAAGAGGUUCAGAUUGAGCGCUUCUCCGGCGACAGGUCUGGUGGGUAUGCAGGAGAACGCAUUCCUCAGUGACUUCUUCGGCUGCGUCGGGUUGCUGCCACUGACUACCCCAAGUCACAUUCGUGGAGUGAUGGUGAAGAUGAUGACCGGCCCAACUGUCCAACAACAGCUGGGCGCUCUGCACGACUCCCUCGAGCAAGGCCAGUUCGGCGCCAUCUUCUCCGAGGAUGGCAUCACCACGGGAAAUCAGCUCUUGACGGGUCCCUCCUGUUGCACAUUUUGGUGUGCAGUUGGUGUUGGGGCUGUUUUGAAGGGAAGCCCUGUUGAAUCGGUUGCGAACUACUCCCGACUGGCGAGAGAUGCACUGGACGCCUACAAAGGCCCCGUGAACGCCGAGGUGGCAAAAGCGUGGGCGAUCCUGGGAUACUUCCACGGUUCCAUGGGAGACAUGGCGAAUUAUGUGGAGUACCUGAAGCUUUCGGGUUCCUUUUUGAUGGAUUCCAUCGAGCAAGGGUCAACUGACAUGCUGCCUGCGGGAUUCGCUGAGAUUAUCCGUCAGAAGGACAACGUCCAGGUGUAUUCUGGACAUUUAGACGCUACGGGUAUCGAGUCGUUGGUCGCUCAGCGUCAAGAUGCUCCUCAGAUCAAGCCAGCGGCAUGCGAAGGGGACCUAUAUCGAUACGUUGCCCAGUCGCUAACGGCGUUCGAGCAAGAUGUCUUCGAGAGAGCUUGCGAGAACACUGCGACGCGCAGACAAUCGAGAGAAAACGAAGCUUGCGAAGACAACAGAAGCGGUGCUAUUCCGCACGACAACGCCCCCCAAGCGGAGGAGGUGUCUGCUAUCAUGGUGGCUGCGCUCAAAGAUGGCCUGAUCGACUUCGAACACCUACAAGAAAUAGCCGAUCGACCGAACAUUCGCACGGGCAUCGGCGGUCUCCUCAUCAACAUGUGUCACCUUGCACAAUGCGUCCUCGGGGCCCUAGCAGCGAUUGACGACUCCAGAGCUCGGGGGCUGUAUGCUCGGUUGCGGGAGGUCUACAAUCCAUCCCGCCCGUCUUACUCUCUGCCAGCGCCACCUUUGGAGGAGUGGCGUGGGAUAUCUGCAUUCUGCGAUGAUUUCCAGUGCAGGAUAUACGAGUGUAUCAUCACGAGUCAAGCAUUGACUGUUUUCUCCACCCCGCCCCUCUGGGCUAGCGACUGCGCCGGUUCACAAAGGACUCAGCGCACGGAAGAUAAUCUGCAGGCUGUCGAUAAGGAAGAAGACCGUGGCAGCAUCGUGUCGGCCGGUGUCACUCCCGGGGAUGCUACCGGCUCGAUGUCUGCCUCAUGCAGCAACGCAGACAAACCUAUGGCAUGCACUAGCUCGUGUGAAUCGCACCAAGGGCCUGCGCCAGAAGUGUGUCCACCUGUCGGACCGAGCUUGUCUCCUUCGGAUCUCCACUUCGAUUCGGUCAGGGGAGGCACAAGGCUAGCUCUUCUGGCUGCUGCUGCGUGCUCGGCAUCGACACUCAGUGUGGAUUGAUGUUGCGAACCUUCGUAAACACAGAGACCAGAGUGGUCUAUACUGGUUCUAUCCUGCAAUGUGUGGUUUGCGCCAGUUGCAGCGCCCAGCCUCUCGGCUGAUGUGCGUUGGGUCUCCGAACUGGUUGGUUCGAAUGCGGUGGGCACAGAAAGCGGCGUAAUUGCAAACUUAGUCAAAAAUAGACAAGACACCAAGUAGGCGCCGAGUUAAAUGGAGACAUCUGAUUGGCGGACGCCAAGUUAAAUCUGUCCCGGUGGCUUUUUUGCCGCCGAUGGAUGGUGACGACAAGGAUCCGGCGCUUCGAUGUUCACGUCUUUCUUUUUCUUGUACCAACCGCUUGAUGCGGGUGGUGUGCAUUGCUCUUGGACGUUCGUACGACGUGCCUGUGAGCUCCUGUUUAGCAUGUUGGUAUGUAGAACAACAGUCUACAGUAGUGGAAAAUUGUCGAGCUACGGCGGCCUUGGUUCUGCUAACCGGUAUUCAGUGACGCUCACGCAGCCACGGCAAGGGUGGUACACUGAAGCACAAGAAUACCGCCUGUCUCUACUCAAGUUUCACAUGCAUGCAUACAUUUUUUCCUGGGAUACCCUUUCGUUAUUUGUUUCCGGUAUGUCGUUGUCUUCUGGUGUUUUGUUUCCUUUUUGGCCGGGGUUGAUCACAUCUCACGGUUACUGUAGGCUUUCGCUUCUUGUGCUACAGACUGGUUUUUCUAGACUGCGGGCCCGUAGUACCGGAUGCUACAAUCGAAGAAUUAUCGUCUCCAUCAAUUUUAUGGGUUUCGUUCUAGAAAGUUACGGUGUACCCUUCUUUGUGUCGUUGGCUGGUGAUCACGGAAGGCGUCCGUGUCAGCUGGACCAGUACGGGUAUCAGAAAGUACUUAGCGGAGACCGGAAAGGAGACAACAAGAACUAAAACUGCAGACUUGUAGAAAAAAAGUAGGCAGCAUCAUAGGCGGUCCCGAUAGCUGUGCCCCCCUACACGUGAGAAUCUGUGGCAAUGAGUGCACUGGAAAAAUGUCUGUCCACCAGAAGUGUCCCAGGCACGGUAGGGGCGCGUGAGGAUAGUUUGAAGGUCCUAGCUUACGAUGACAGCAUUGAGUAU